AUGGGUAAAGAAGGUCUCCGGUACGCGGCAAAAGUCUCGCUAGACAAGCCGGCAUCAGAGCAAGAAUGCCUACACAACCGAUGGCACCCCGAGAACCCCUCCUACGGCACCAUCAAACCCGGUGAAGCCGUCAAGAUUGAAUGCGUGGAUUGGACUGGUGGCCAAAUCGGCAACAAUGACUCUGCAGAUGACAUGCGCGAUGUCGACCUCACCAAGAUCCAUUAUUUAACCGGACCUUUCGACAUCGAAACUGCGGAGCCGGGCGAUGUCCUGGUCGUUGAUAUUCAAGAUGUACAGCCGCUGGAAGAGCAACCUUGGGGUUUCACGGGUGUUUUUGCGAAGGAGAAUGGUGGAGGGUUUUUGGACGAGAUUUAUCCUGAGCCUGCAAAGGCUAUCUGGGAUUUCGAAGGUAUCUUCUGUAGCUCCCGCCAUAUUCCCGGUGUAAGAUUCGCAGGUCUCAUCCAUCCUGGCAUCCUUGGUUGUGCGCCCUCUGCUGAAGUCCUCGAAACCUGGAACACGCGCGAAGCCGAACUCAUCUCUACACACACGCACCUCAAUCGCGACGUGGCCAAACCCCCCGAGCCCAAAAGCGUGCACGCAGGUUCCGCAACCGGCUCUCUGAAAGAGAAGAUUGGUAAAGAAGGCGCGCGCACUAUCCCAGGACGCCCUGAACAUGGUGGCAACUGCGACAUCAAGAACCUGUCGAGGGGAUCCAAAGUUUUCUUGCCAGUUCAUGUCAAGGGCGCAAAGUUUAGUGUGGGAGAUUUACAUUUCAGUCAAGGCGAUGGCGAGAUAUCCUUCUGUGGCGCAAUUGAAAUGGCAGGCGUCAUAACCAUCAAGUUCAGCGUCAUGAAGGGCGGCAUAAAACAACUCGAUAUGAAGAGUCCAAUCUACAUCCCAGGACCCGUGGAACCCCAGUUUGGCCCUGGAAGGUACAUUUACUUUGAGGGCUUUAGUGUGGAUGAGCACGGCAAACAGCAUUACCUUGACACGACGGUUGCGUAUCGGCAAACUAGUCUGAGGGUUAUCGAGUAUUUGAGACGGUUUGGUUACAACGACUACCAGAUCUACCUCCUGUUGUCUUGUGCGCCGGUUCAAGGCCAUGUGGCUGGUAUCGUCGAUAUUCCCAAUGCGUGUACGACUAUGGGGUUGCCCAUGGAUAUCUUUGACUUUGACAUUAGCCCGCAUCUUCCGGUCGAGAAGCGUGAUCUCGGGUCUUGCGCGUUUGCCAGCAAAAGGUAG